CAAGAGCAAUACAACAACAUCAUUCUUACAUCUUUGAGAAGUUGCUAGCUUGGGAGCCAGAAGCAAUGGGAAAUUGCAAAAUGGGAGGUCUAAUUCAGACCUUUUUCAUUACUUGGGUACUGUUUUGCUCCAUUAACAUUUCCUUCUCUCGGCUUGGCGCCCAAGCAGCUAGCAUCAAUCCAAAUUACAAAGAAGCACUCGCAAAAUCAUUGUUGUUCUUUCAAGGACAGAGGUCAGGGAGGCUCCCUCCUUCCCAGCAAAUCACUUGGAGGUCCCAUUCUGGCCUCUCCGAUGGUCGCCUUGCUAAUGUAGAUUUGACCGGCGGCUACUACGACGCCGGAGACAACGUGAAGUUCAACCUCCCGAUGGCCUUCACCACAACAAUGCUGUCCUGGAGCACACUGGAAUACGGCAAGAGACUGGGCCCCCAGCUGCCCAACGCCCGGGCCGCGAUCCGCUGGGCCACGGACUACCUCCUCAAAUGCGCCACCGCCACCCCGGGCAAGAUCUACGUCGGCGUCGGCGACCCCAACGCCGACCACCGCUGCUGGGAGCGGCCGGAGGACAUGGACACCGUCCGGUCGGUUUACUCCGUGUCUCCGUCGAACCCGGGGUCCGACGUCGCAGGAGAGAUGGCUGCGGCCCUGGCGGCGGCUUCCUUGGUGUUCAGGAGCUCCGACCGGCAGUACGCGGGCUUGUUGCUUAGGACGGCGAGGAAGGUGUUGCAGUUUGCGUUGCAGUAUCGUGGUGCUUACAGUGAUAGGCUUGGUUCCUCCGUUUGCCCCUUCUAUUGCUCGUAUUCUGGCUAUAAGGAUGAACUACUGUGGGGAGCAGCUUGGCUGUUUAGGGCAACCAAUGAGGUCCAGUACUACAACAUCAUCAAGUCCUUGGGAGCUGAUGACCAGCCAGAUUUGUUCAGCUGGGAUAACAAAUAUUCUGGUGCUCAUGUUCUGCUAUCCAGAAGAGCAUUAGUGAACAAUGACAAGAACUUCCAGCAAUACAAGCAGGAAGCUGAGAAUUUCAUGUGCAAGAUUCUGCCCAACUCUCCUUACUCAAGUACCCAAUAUACACAAGGAGGAUUGAUGUACAAGCUACCACAGGACAAUCUUCAAUAUGUGACAUCCAUAUCAUUUCUGCUCACCACUUAUGCCAAGUACAUGAAAUCAACUAAAACUCCUUAUACUUUCAAUUGCGGGAGCCAAGUCGUGAAUGCAAACUCCCUCAUUUCCUUGGCAAAACGGCAGGUGGAUUACAUCCUAGGGGUAAACCCUAUUAGAAUGUCCUACAUGGUUGGCUACGGACCAAACUUUCCGAGGAGGAUUCACCACAGAGGGUCCUCGCUACCAUCAAAGACGAGCCACCCACAAGCUAUAGGUUGCAGUGGCGGGUUCGAGCCUUUCUAUUCGUCUUCAAACCCUAAUCCCAACAUAUUGACUGGAGCCAUUGUCGGAGGGCCCAAUCAAAAUGAUGGCUUCCCAGAUGAUCGUUCGGACUACAGUCACUCAGAACCUGCUACGUAUAUCAAUGCCGCCAUUGUUGGCCCUCUCGCAUAUUUUGCAGGGACCUUGAGGAGCUAGACCAAAAGAGUUGUGUUAGCUAGUAGCUUCAAUGGGAGCUAGUGCCCUAAAAUUAAGAUCUCAAUGUUAUGCUGACCCUGAAACUAGGGUCUGUGCCACCCAACAAAUAGGGUGAGGCAUUUUAGGUGGUUGUGUUCUGCUUGUCUUGUUACUACCGUCCAAAGUAGGGUUGUUAUGGUUAUAUACAUUUGGUUUAAGUAAUUUUACUUUGUAGGUCAAUUAUCAUUCUCUUUUCCUACCACAACCAUAGAAUUUAUAUGUUAAGCUUUGCAUUUUGGCUUUUCCUCUUCACCAUCUUUUAGGAGACGAUUUAUAGUUGACUAACAAAUGGGGAAGAUGUUA